GCCAAACAACCUCUGAGAUCGCAUCGGGAAGCCACACAAUCCUCGAUCUGACGAAUUGCACCUACAUCAAUCUUGCACACAUCUUCCGUCGGCCACUCCCACUCCCCGCAACAUCGCACUAAAUGGGCCUACAGUAUCUGUUUGUUUUCGCACAGGCACACGAAGAGUUUCGCAUACCCGAAUUGCUGUCCAUUGCGGAGCUGCAUGGGUUCGAAGUCACAUUUCCACCGCCGCCUAGUGAUAUCUCGAGACCCUUUAUGGUUCUCGAGCUUGAGAGCGAAGUGCAUGCCAGGAUAUUGGCACGGCGAUGCAUUCUCGUGAAAUUUGUCUGCGAGUUCUACGGCAGAGGCAAGGCGUACGAAGAGCUUCAUGAACAAACCCGGAAUAACCGCGAGAAAUGGUCCCAAUAUACUCAAGACACUUCAUUCAAAUUCUUCAUCUCUGCCUACAACCACACGGUACCCCAGAAACGCAUGAAGGACGUCGUCGAGAGCUUCCAUUACAUGGACUUUCAGGGUAAGAUCGACAUGAACAACCCAGAGAUCGUCCUGGCAUGCUUUGAAGAGUACCGUGACAAGCGCGGCACCACCCGCCAUAAGCACGAAGGCGAUGGUGACUUCGAGGAAGUAUUCUUCGGAAGGUUGCUAGAAGAGGGUACAGCUCGGCCCUUGGUCAAGACAUUCGAUGUGAAGAAGCGGGCUUACUACGGGAACACCAGCAUGGAAGCUGAGAUAUCUCUGCUUAUGGCAAACCAGACUCUGGCCGCCCCAGGGAAACUGAUUUAUGAUCCUUUCAUUGGAACAGGGAGCAUGGCCUAUACCACAGCACACUUCGGCGCCCUCGUCUUCGGCUCUGAUAUUGAUGGUCGACAAAUGCGAGGCAAAGAGAAGCAACCAGGCAUCAUCCGCGCAGCGGCGCAAUACGGUGUUGCACAUCGCAUUAUUGACCUAUGCACCUUCGACGUGACGCGCAAUCCUUGGAGAUGUGGAGAGCUGUUUGACGCCAUCAUCACGGAUCCUCCUUAUGGCGUUCGUGCGGGCGCAAAGCGACUAGGAAGGAAGGCCAGGCCAGAUAAAGCCCCGCGACCCAAGCCUGCAGAGCCUUUCUCCAGCAAGCGACCAGAUGACGAACCAUAUAUACCGCCAACCAUGCCCUAUGAGCUGUCCUCGCUCGUCGUGGACCUUGUCCUACUAGCACGGUAUCUCCUCAGGCCUCGCGGACGACUAGUGUUCUUCCUGCCAACGGUGACGGACGAGUACGAAGAACUCGACAUUCAGACUAUGCUCUGCGAGGGCAUGGAGGUCGUCGCCAAUUCGCUGCAGAACUUCGGCACUUGGGGUCGCAGGCUCAUCACGAUCCGCAAAAUCACAUCGGAGCGAUAUCCGCCCCCGACAUUUACAUCGGCGCAAGAUACCCCAGACGACGGAAAGGCGCAUACACCAGCCCACAAGGAUUUCCGCGAGAAAUACUUCCAGGGCUUCAAAAAGGCGGAAGAUGAGCAAUUUGGAGAAACAACUGAGACUUGACGUUCGACCUGUAGUCAUGUACAGAGCGACGAAGAUGUAAAAGGACUGGUGUAAGCUACGAGGACAAAGGGUAACGAAAGCGUAGAAAGCGAAUACGGACGGAUAAACGUAUGCAUAUGGCGAGUAGCAGCGAGAACUAAUGAGACAGCGGUAUAACAUGCGAGCGGAUGAAAACCGAGAGAACAACUUUGAGACUUGUACGCGGAAAAGGUUGCUUAGUGGUUACGGUUGUCAAUGGAACGUGCAGUCGCGGCGAUCCGGAAGUUGACGGGCACAACGGUAUGC